AUGUCUAAGAAAGGAGGUAAGAAGGGCCAAAAGCCACAAAUGGAAGACGAUGAUGAACAAAUGGCUUUCCUCAUGGCCGCUGCAGCAGCUAACAAGGCAAAAAUCGAAGAAAAGAUCAAAGAAUCACAGAUUCCAGAUGAAGUCUUCAAAGAUUUACCCGAACCACCAAUGAAUACUCACAAGGAUAAGCCAUUCGAAGAGAGAUAUACUAUUAAAUACCCAGAUGAAAUGCUCGCAAAGAUACAAAUAGAUCAUGCUGCCGAAGAAAGACUUACUGAGCUCAAGGAAACACUUCCAUACUUCCGUGAGGGUGGUAUUGUCCACAAUUCCGUCAGUGAAUGGGCUCUUAACAGCGGAAUCAUCGCUCCAGGUGUCAAUUUGAACGAUAUGUGCGCUAGAAUCGAAGAAGGUGUACGUAGAAUGGUUAACUUCGAACCACCAGUCCGUGGUUUGGCCUUCCCAUGCGGCUGCUCCAUCAACAACUGCGCUGCACACUAUUCUCCACUCCCAGGAGACACAAGAGUUCUUCAGAAGGAUGAUGUCAUGAAGAUUGAUUACGGUGUAGCCAUCAAUGGAUACAUUAUCGAUAGCGCUUUCACAGUUUGCUUCGAUCCAAGAUUUGAUUCACUUAUUGAAGCAUCAAAGAAGGCCACAGAGACAGCCGUCAAGAUGGCCGGCCCAGAAGCCCGUAUUUCCGAGAUCGCUGACGCUAUUGAAGAAGUUAUUACAUCAUAUUCAUUAGAACUCAACGGAAAGACAAUUCCUCUCAAGCCAGUCUACAAUCUUACAGGUCACCAACUCGGCCAGUACGUCAUCCACUGCGGAAAGUCCAUCCCAAUCUGCAAGAACAGCGGAUCUACAGAUAAAAUGCUUCCUGGCGAAGUUUUCGCAUGCGAAACAUUCGCAACAACAGGAAAUGGCAUCGUUUUCGAUGAUGGCGUCACAAGCCACUUCAUGACAAACAAGAAACCACCGAAACCAAAGAAUGGCUCUGCUCAGAAGCUCCUUACAUUGUUACAGGACAACUACAAGACAAUGGCUUUCUGCCAGAGAUUCAUCGAAAGAGCCGGAGACAGAAGUUACACAUUGACUCUUAAUGAACUCGUCAAAGAAAAGGUUGUUGAUCCAUAUCCACCGCUUUCUGAUGUUGUUGGAUCUUAUGUUUCACAGCAUGAACACACAUUCUGCCUCUUAGAAGAUCACAAGGAGGUACUCAGCUGCCCAGUUAAUAAAAUGUUUUAA